GGCGGAAGAGGCGGGGCCGGCGCACUGGUGCUGAAGCUCGCUGCUAGUACCGGUGCCACGUCUGCUGUGUCCGUGACGGGUGGCGGGGGUCGGAGCUGGACACGAUGGCGGACUGGUCUCGGGCUCAGAGCUCAGGUGCUGUGGAGGAGAUUCUAGACCGGGAGAACAAGCGGAUGGCCGACAGUCUUGCCUCCAAGGUUACCAGGCUCAAAUCGCUGGCCCUGGACAUCGAUAGGGAUGCUGAAGACCAGAACCAGUACCUGGAUGGCAUGGACUCGGAUUUCACAAGCAUGACUGGUCUGCUCACAGGGAGUGUGAAGCGCUUUUCCAUGAUGACACGGUCUGGGCGAGACAAUCGGAAGCUUCUCUGUGAUCAUCCCUACAAGUUAGCUGGGGACCCCAGAUGCACCAUGGCUGCUCUCGGCAUCACCAUUGCUCUGCUGGUGUGGAUUGUCACCCUCCUGCUCAUUUCUAUCAUGAAGCAGAUACACAGCAACUGGAACCUUCCCCCAGGGCCUUUCCCACUUCCCAUUUUUGGGAAUUUCUUCAAUUUGGAUUUGAAGGAUGUUCCUAAAUCCUUAACCAAGCUGGCAGAGCGCUUCGGGCCAGUCUUCACUCUGCACCUGGGUUUCCAGCGUGUUGUGGUCCUGCAUGGCUAUAAGGCUGUGAAGGAGGGGCUGUUGAAUCACAAGAAUGAGUUCUCUGGCCGAGCUGAGAUACCUGCUUUCCAGGAGUAUCAGAACAAGGGGAUUAUUUUCAACAAUUCACACACCUGGAGAGAUGUCCGAAGGUUUGCCCUGAGCAUCCUCCGAGACUAUGGGAUGGGGAAACAGGGCAAUGAGGAGCGCAUCCAGAGAGAGGCUCGCUUCCUAGUGGAGGAGCUCAGGAAGACCCAGGGCCAGCCCUUUGACCCUACUUUUCUCAUUGGCUGUGCACCCUGCAAUGUCAUAGCAGAUAUCCUCUUCAACAGGCGUUUUGAAUAUAAUGACAAGACAUGUCAAAGGCUCCUGAAUUUGUUCAAUGAGGACUUCUACUUGCUAAGCACCCCUUGGAUCCAGAUUUAUAACAAUUUAUCAGAAUAUGUACGCUUCCUGCCUGGAAGCCACAGAAAAUUGCUUAAGAAUGUGUCUGAAAUAAAACAGUACACGCUUGAGAAAGCCAAGGAACAUCUUCAGUCAGUGGAUUUCAACCGUCCCCGGGAUGUGACUGACUGCCUGCUGGGGGAAAUGGAGAAGGAAAAACAUAGCAAAGAGCCAGUGUACACAAUGGAAAAUGUUGCUGUGACCUUGGCAGACCUGUUCUUUGCAGGGACAGAAACUACCAGUACCACUCUGAGAUAUGGGCUCCUGAUUCUAAUGAAAUACCCAGAGAUUGAAGAGAAACUUCAUGAAGAAAUUGACAGGGUUAUUGGGCCCAGUCGCAUCCCUGCUGUCAAAGACAGGCUGGAGAUGCCCUACAUGGAUGCUGUGGUGCAUGAGAUUCAGAGAUUCAUCAAUCUUAUACCUUCCAACUUUCCCCAUGAAGCAACUCGGGACACCAUGUUCCGAGGAUACCGGAUUCCCAAGGGCACAGUUAUAAUUCCAGCUCUAGAUUCACUUUUGUAUGACAAUCAAGAAUUUCCAGAUCCAGAUAAAUUUAAGCCAGAGCACUUUUUGAAUGAAAAUGGGAAGUUCAAGUACAGCGACUAUUUUAAACCAUUUUCUGCAGGGAAGCGAGUGUGUGUUGGAGAAGGCCUGGCUCGCAUGGAAUUGUUUCUGCUUUUGUCCGCUGUCCUACAACAUUUUAAUCUGAAGUCCCUGGUUGACCCAAAGGAUAUCGACCUUAGCCCGAUUGCAAUUGGUUUAGGCAACGUUCCACCGCGCUACAAACUGUGUGUCAUUCCUCGAUCAUGAAUGUGAAUAAAUGUGUACCAGAGA